CCAAAAAUAAAAACCCAAUAGGAGUUCAAGACUCCAUUAUCUUCACCAAAGACUUCUCCCUAUCUCCCCCUCCUUUUCUCUUCUCCAUUUAUUUAACAACAGGUAUACACCGGAAAACUACGGUAUUGAGCUAAUCAAUCAGGCGGCGUAGACCGGUAUAUCCGAGAAAAGGCGGUUGAAACCGGAAAACUGACGGGAACAUAAUUGGAACUACCGAGUAGUGCUAAUUUGAGUCCCAAAAGAAUGGUGACGUUGAAGGCUUCCUACACAGUGAAACCAGCGGAGCCGAAACCAUCAGAACUCAUGUACUUAUCAGAAUUCGAUCAAGUCAUUGCAACAACUCAUGUGCCUACAGUAUACUUCUAUAGACCGAUCAGUGAUCGGUCACUUGUUUUAAACCCAAUAGAGAUUCUCAAAAACUCCCUAACCAAAGCACUAACCAUAUUUUACCCACUCGCUGGCCGCCUCCAAUGGACCGGAAGGGGCCGCCUUGAGCUCAAUUGCAACUCCAUGGGCGCUCUAUUUUUGGAAGCAGAGUCAGAGGCUAAAAUCGACGACUUCGGAGACUUCACUCCGACUUCAGAAACCAGAGCUCUGAUACCAUAUGUAGACUAUAAUAAGCCUAUUGAUGAGUUGCCAUUGCUUUUGGUGCAAGUAACAAAGUUUAGUUGUGGUGGAAUUAGUCUUGGCUUGGGCAUGUCACAUGUGCUUGUCGACGGCCGAUGUAUAGCUCACUUUGUUUCUGAGUGGGCGAGGAUUGCCCGCGGCGAGGAACCUGAAAACUUACCGUUUCUUGAUCGGACGGUAUUAAAAUUGGAGGAGGAUGAUCUGACACCGCCGAGAUUUGAUCACUUGGAGUUCAGCAAGCCGCCGAUGUUGAUUGGCCAAACGGAUAACUUAGAAGAGCGGAAGAAGGAAACGACCGUGGUGAUGUUGAAAUUGAGCAAAGAACAUAUUCAAAAGCUGAAGAAAGAGGCUAAUGAGUUCCCAAGUGUUUACACUAGUAGUAAGCCUUUCACCAGGUAUGAGGCUGUGACUGCACACAUGUGGAGGUGUACAUCCAAGGUAAGGCUGCACGAAAUUGAGCAACUAACAAGCGUGCGCUUUACCGUGGACUUUCACAGCCGGAUGGUACCGCCAUUGCCAAAGCACUAUUUCGGGAAUGCAGUCUUACCGAUGAGAUCAGCAACGGUCACCUCAGGAGAGCUGCUGCUGAAGCCGUUAGGAUAUGGCUGUAGCAAGAUAAGGGAAGCCAUAGAGAAGGUAACAGACGAGUACGUAAGGUCAUCUCUAGCUUACUUGAAAAGGGAAAAGGAUUUGUCCAAGUUGAGGUACUCUCAUGUCGUGGGAUCUACGCAAGGAGUUUUCCUUGGCAACCCGAACAUUGUAAUCACUAGUUGGAUCGGGUUGCCUUGGUGUGGUGUUGAUUUCGGAUGGGGAAAGGAAAUUUACAUGGGACCCGGAACGGUUGGGUUGGACGGGAAGUCGUUCGUAUUUCUCAGCCGUGACGAAGAUGGUUCUUUCGACGCCCCAUUUCGGUUGCAGGUUGAACAUAUGGAUGCCUUCAAGAAGUUCUUCUACGAGAAUAUUUGAGGGCCGCAUCAAUGUUUUGCUCAAGUUUCCUUUGUAGUAAUCUUGAUUAGGGAUAAUGUGCCAAUUGUGUGUGCAUGUGAGUGCCCCUUGGGGGAGUGAUUUGUGCAAGAGAUGUGUGACCGUGAGUGAGAAGUGUUUGUAUUAAAAUUUGCAUAUUUUUUAAAAUUGAUUAAUGAAAUAGAGUUAUUUGAGUUGUCAUAAUUAAA